AUGAUUUGGGGUACAGGCAGCUCCAUGGCCUGGCUCUCAGCUGGCUCAGGCAGCCUGAACGUGAGUGGUGUGGACCCUGCAGAGGAACCCACAGGCCCAGCUACACUGCUGCCCUCUCCCAAGGCCUGGGACGUGGUGCUCUGCAUCUCGGGCACCCUCGUGUCCUGCGAGAAUGCACUGGUGGUGGCCAUCAUCGUAGGCACGCCUGCCUUCCGUGCCCCCAUGUUCCUGCUGGUGGGUAGCUUGGCCGUGGCAGACCUGCUGGCAGGCCUGGGCCUGGUCCUGUACUUUGCAGCUGUCUUCUGCAUUGGCUCACAAGAGAUGACCCUGGUGCUGGUUGGCGUGCUAGCCAUGGCCUUUACUGCCAGCAUUGGCAGCCUGCUGGCCAUCACCGUUGACCGCUACCUUUCCCUGUACAACGCUCUCACCUAUUACUCGGAGACGACAGUAACUCGGACCUAUGUGAUGCUGGCCCUGGUGUGGGUGGGUGCCCUGGGCCUGGGGCUGGUUCCUGUGCUGGCCUGGAACUGCCAGGAUGGCCUGACCACGUGUGGUGUGGUAUACCCACUCUCCAAGAACCAUCUGGUGGUCCUGGCUGUUGCCUUCUUCAUGGUGUUUGGCAUCAUGCUGCAGCUGUACGCCCAGAUCUGCCGCAUCGUCUGCCGCCAUGCCCAACAGAUUGCCCUCCAACGACACCUGCUGCCUGCCUCUCACUACGUGGCCACCCGCAAGGGCAUCGCCACACUGGCCGUGGUGCUUGGCACCUUUGCUGCCUGCUGGUUGCCCUUCACUGUCUACUGCCUCCUGGGAGAUGCCAACUCUCCGUAUCUCUAUACCUAUCUCACCCUGCUCCCGGCCACCUACAACUCCAUGAUCAACCCCAUCAUCUACGCCUUCCGCAACCAAGACGUGCAGAAGGUCUUGUGGGCCAUCUGCUGCUGCUGUUCUACUUCCAAGAUUCCAUUCCGGUCCCGGUCCCCUAGUGACGUCUAG